AGAGAUUCAUUUCAUCAUUUCAUUUCAUUUCACUCUCGAACAUCCCUGAUGGAAUUGCUGCAACGAGCACAGGCACUUCUACAGGAAUGCAACGGCAUCGUCGCGAGUCUCGAGACAUGGAAGGAGGCGAAUCCGACACUCGAGGUCGACGGAUUGCAAAAGAUGACUUCGGCGCUGCAUUCUGAGCAAAAGUUCUUGGAAAAGGUGGCCUCAACACCCGUAGAAGAUAUCAAGCCGGUACAGAUCACGUCCUCGAACGUGCCGUAUUUAAAGUCGCUCGUAUGGGCAUUGAUCCACAGUAAGAACCCAGUCGCGGUCAGGAAGACCUUUACCUAUACCCUAGAUCCUUUCACCGUCAUCGAACCGUCUGAAAAGUUCAAGGCCCUUCCAGAGAAGAACAAUGGACAGAGCAACAAGAAUUCAAAAGGGAAGCAAGGAGGCAAGAUCAUGCAGCUGUCGGGUUCUUCUCGACCACUCUCCACAGGAUUGUCGAACGAGCAGACGUUUCAGGUCAAGAUUGAUGUGGUUGCCGAUCACGGGAAGAGCUGGCUUCGGAUCAAUGCUGGGAGCGUCUGGAGUCUUAUUCAUGAGUUUGCGGGUAUGGAGGAUGAUAGCGAUGAUGAUCAGGACGAGGACGACGAGGACGGAGAAGACGGCGACGACGAUGAUAGAAGUAAUCCAGAGCAAAUGAGUCGUACUCGCGCCAGGAAGCCCGUCCAUGUGAGUAAGGAUACGCACCCGGACAUGGCCCUGUUGACCAGGAGUCUUGUCCUCGCUGCAGACCAGAACCGACUGCACUAUUACCACCGUCCGAGGGUGACAUUAAGGUUCGCGGGGGUUCUUCCUGGAGAAAGCCCCGCUCUCGAAGCCAUGAUCGACAAAUCCGUCCAUGUGGGGCGGGUCGCCCAAUCGGUCUCGGAUGGCACGAUCGAAAUCUUUUCCGUGGGAGUGGUCUUUGGACCAGUUGAGUCAUCCACCCCCGCAGCCGUUUCAUCCACACCCUUGGAUCCUGCCUUUUCGCCGUUUGCGAUCCCAGAGAGCGUGGAUGAUAUGGUACUGUUUACAAAGACGCUGCACUUGGAUAUCACAACCUUGAUGGCGUUGAGCAGCUUUCUGUGUCACACGAUUCGACCGGAUCCGGGUCUAUUUACGUCCCCGCCUUUGGUGCUACAGGCUCAACAGGAGCACGAAGAGCCGUUGUUGCCGUUGUUGGCCAAGAUCUUUGAGGGGCGGGAGCGGCUGGUGAUGUCGAGGACUGCAGCAACGAGGUUCAAGUCGAUUUUGAGUGUUAUCGGUGGUGCGGAGGAGAAGUGGCGAGGGGAUGUUAUGAUCCAUGACCCAUUGGAGGAUCAGGAGAAGGACGUUGAGGAUGAGGGGGAGCGAGUCAGGAUUAGGGAGCGAUGGGUUCGUGCUUCGGACUGGGCGCAAAAGUAUGGGGUCUUUGCAGCUGGGCCUCCUCGGAUUGAGGUCAUCGAGGAUAUUCUGGAACCUGGCGAGGCGAUUGGACAAGGUCAAGAGCAGGGACAAAGGCCGGAUGCAGAAUUGAGUGUUCAAGAAGAGAGCGAGAGCAUGAUCUUCUCAGAGAUACCGGCAUCAUCUUUUUCUUCUUCUUUAACGUCGUCAUCAUCAAUUGGCUCGGUACCCACCCGCAGGGAGCUGAACAUGACGGAGCUGCACAUGAGGAUCUUCUUAACGGGGCACAAUGCGCGGUUGACGACGGUGACGGCGAACCAGAUGGGAUAUCGGACGGUGACACGGAUGGGCCAGGUGCCGAGUGAAAUGAGUGUGUGGUACCAUGCGCCCCGGUCCCUUGCAGAGGCUAAGCUGCCCCCAGGCACAGCUGUAGCAGUGGAGCAGGAUUAGGUUGAACUAAAUCUGCUGGAGCUUCUUGCUGCUUGGAGGGCCCAAUAAUAUGAUGAUGGAUGGGCCCAAGAAACAGUUGUGUACGUAUUUAUCGUGUACGGUUUUCCUUAUCUUUUGGACCCGAGGACUUCUCUCGGGCGUAUAAAAUGGCUCAUCCCCCCGUCCGCGCUGUUUUUCCUUCUUCCGCUUCUUCAUCAUCACUCCCACCCGCAUCCCCUCUUGCCCACCCAUCCAUCCGCCCAAAGGCUUCUUCACCGACCUUUCUGUGUCCACUUGUAAUUUCUCACUGAACAAGUAGAAAGACAAGCAGGGUUCACAAGGGUUUAUCAUCAACUUCUUUUCAACUGUACUCUUCUUGUUGCCUUCGCCCCAGCUACUCUUUCCUUUCCCCACCCGCUUUCUUUUUAUUCCAAAGGCCAC